UCAACUUUAUUUUAUAUAAACAUCACAUAUUAAACCAAACAAACAAGAAAGAAGAAGAGAUUAUGGUGUUACCAUGGAGAUCAAGAGGAGGAAGAAGAGCAGAGAGACGUAACCUAUCGACUUCCGGCGAUACCUCUGUCGUGAAAAUUAAAGUCCCGGCUCAACUCCGAUCAUCAAAGAUCGAGCUGGUUCAGUCACCGCUCGCGCCGUUGACACCGCGUGAUGCGGUUGAGAUAUGCCGGAGACUUGAAAACGCGACGGCUCGCGAGGAAAAUGCAGAGUGUUUGGAGAUUGUUAGUAAAAUCAAGAACUUGGCAAGAGACAACGGAGAGACGAACAAGAAGUGGCUGCUCCAAUACGGCGUCGUUUCGGAGUUAACUUCUUGCUUCCAAAGAUUCGCGUCGACGCGCGAGGAACACGCGCGUCUGUUGGAGGAAGUCUUGUCUGUUAUAACUUCUUGGUUGCCUCUGAGUCGAACAGAGGGUUUCUCCAAGAUGGGAUCAACUGCUUCCCUCAACGCUCUCGCGCGGUUCUUAAACGCUCCAGACGCUAAAACGAGGCAAAACGCAGUGUUUUGCAUCAGAGAGGUUAUGGCAAUAGACAAGAGGUUUGUCUACGCGUUAACAGACAUCGAAGGAGCUUUCGAAGGAUUGAUAAAGAUCAUCAAAGACUCUGUUUCCACGAGCUCGACGAAAGCAUCUAUAAUGGCAAUAUAUAGAAUCAUCUCAUGUGACAACAAGACCGCUUUAAAACUCGUGAACUUGGGUUUGGUCGCAUUGAUCGCAGAGAUGAUCGUGAACAACGCCGAAAAGAGCGUUUGCGAGAGAUGCCUCGUGGUUCUAAACGUCGUAUGCGACAACGAGCAAAGCAGAGAAGACGUUCUUCGAAACGCUUUGAUCGUUCCUCUUGUUGUGAAGAAGAUCCUACGCGUUUCGGAUCUCGCAACGCAAUGCUCGGUCUCUAUUCUCUGGAAGCUAUGGAGAAAGAACAGAGAAGAUGUGUUGCUUGAAGCUCUUCAAGUUGGUGCCUUCGAGAAACUCUUAGUGGUUUUACAAGUCGGGUGCGAGGAGAAGACUAAAGAGAGAGCCAGCGAGCUGUUGCGGAACUUAAACCGAUGUAGAAACGAGAUGGAGAACACAAACUGUGUCGAUUCUUCUAUGCAUUUGAAGAACGUGAAGAAAUCAUUUUAAUCAAACAAACAA